CCCCCACCUUAAAACCCCACGACAACCCACCAUCCGAUUUCCGAUCUCUCUCUCUCUCUCCUACCCUUCUCGCCCAGACGCACGAACCAACCGGCGCGACCGAAUCAAACCGCGCAACCGUGCGCGAGACUCCUCCUCCUCCUCGUGGGGGCGGGCGGGCGCGAUGCCCCUAGACGGCGGCGGCGGCGGGGCGGCGGUCAUGUUCUUGGCGUACGCGGCCCUGGCCGUGGCGGCGCUGCGGGCGGUGCUGUCCUACAAGUCGGCGGCGCACGCGGCCCGCCGACUGUGGCGGUGGGCGGACGAGUGGGCGCAGGCCUACCAGUACUACGAGGUGCCGCGCUUCGUCACCGGCGACGGGGCCGAGAACCCGCUCUUCCGCAAGGCGGCGGCCUACGUGGCGUCGCUGCCGUCGCUCGAGGACGCGGACGCCGCCUGCGUGCUCUCCUCCGCCAGCAAGAGCAACGACUUCUCGCUGCAGCUCGGCCCCGGCCACACCGCGCACGACGCGUUCCUCGGCGCGCGCCUCGCGUGGACCAACGGCGGGGAGCGUCUGGUCCUCCGCGUGCGCCGCCAUGACCGGACGCGCGUGCUGCGCCCCUACCUGCAGCACGUCGAGUCCGUCGCCGACGAGAUGGAGUUGCGCCGCCGCGAGCUGCGGCUCUACGCCAACACCGGCGCCGUCGCUCCGCGCUGGGCGUCGGCGCCCUUCACCCACCCGGCCACGCUGGACACGGUCGCCAUGGACCCGGAGCUCAAGACCCGCGUCCGCUCCGACCUGGAGAGCUUCCUCAAGGGCCGCGCCUACUACCACCGCCUAGGCCGCGUCUGGCGCCGGAGCUACCUGCUCUACGGACCGCCCGGCACGGGCAAGUCGACGUUCGCCGCCGCGAUGGCGAGGUUCCUCGGGUACGACGUCUACGACAUCGACCUCUCCCGCGCCGGCACCGACGACCUCCGCGCGCUGCUCCUGGACACCGCCCCGCGGUCGCUCAUCCUCGUGGAGGAUCUGGAUCGGUACCUGCGUGGCGGCGACGGGGAGACGUCGGCGGCGAGGGCCGCCAGGGUGUUGGGCUUCAUGGACGGGCUGUCGUCGUGCUGCGGCGAGGAGCGCGUGAUGGUGUUCACGAUGAGCGGCGGCAAGGAGGGCGUGGACCCGGCCGUGCUGCGGCCGGGGAGGCUGGACGUGCAUAUCCACUUCACCAUGUGCGACUUCGACGGCUUCAAGGCGCUGGCCAGCAACUACCUGGGCCUCAAGGACCACAAGCUGUACCCUCAGGUGGAGGAGGGCUUCCACGCCGGCGCCCGCCUGACCCCGGCCGAGCUCGGCGAGAUCAUGCUCGCCAACCGCGGGUCCCCGAGCCGCGCGCUCCGCACCGUCAUCAGCGCGCUGCAGCACGUGGUGGCGCCGCGGACGAGCUCCGCCGCGCGGCCGCCCAGGCUGACCUCAAGAUCGUCCGGGCACCUCGAGGAGUCCAGCCCGGCGGCAGAGAGCCAGUCGCCGGGGGCCGGGGGCGGCGGGGGGUUCGGGAAGGACGCGCCGAUGAGGGAAUUCAAGAAGCUGUACGGGCUGAUCAAGAUCAGGAGCCGCAAGGAGGGCGGCGUGGUGCCGGUGGACGACACGGCGUCGGCGAACGGGCGGGGCAGCGACGCCAGCACCGAGAAGGACCGGUGAUUAAUGAACGAACAUUUUUUUGGAUUUGCUUUCUGCGUCUUUCACACCUGAUCGUGAUCUCUUAACUUUUAAGCAUCUUUUUUUUUUCUGUUCUCGAUUGUAAUUUGGGGGUUGUACAUUGUAGUCUAGCUAGUGUAAGGCAGUUGCAAAGGAUGACUCAAGUUGGUUGUGCACUCCGAACAAAAUUAUCAAAAAAAUAAUCGAAAGAAAGAAGCUGUACAUAGAAGAGAACUGGCUACA